CGGCGGCCGCGGUGAAAACAAAUGGAAGGCUGAGCGGGGCUGUCAGUUGUGUUGUGUUGAGUUCAAGUAACGGAUACGUCCGUGGCCAUUGCCCGGGCCUUCCAGCCGACGGAGGGCGUCAUAGAUCGGUGCGGUGUUUUGUGUGUUUUUGUUGUGGAAAUUGAAAAGCGUGCAGUGGACAUACAGAAAUCCUAGUAAAGUGGUGGCGUUUGCGGUGCUUCGGUGUUUUGGCACUGUUGCCGAGAAGCUCCUUAUUUUGCCCUUCGGGGGCCUUCUGAGGGGAGUCUGGUUCGUCGUAUGCGGUGACGGACAGGCGGGGCGUCCAACCGCGGCGCCGCUGGAGAGCUGUUCCUCCAAUCUGGGUUGAGGACAGGGCAGGUGGGCGGGGCUUAUUGUUUUCCUAGCGCUGCUCGCUCUUGCUGCACAGUCAGAUGGUUUUGACAGGGGCUGCGCCGACGGGAGCGUUAAUGCAACUAGUUAGACAAACGCAGGUUUUUACGUGUAACCAACCACCGAUUAAAGCGUGCAAUGGCUGGCGCAUUCGCGUGUUAUGAUUUUGCCGGAGGAGGGAUUUUGAACUCAACAUGAACCUCUUCUGAUUGUGAAGCAAACACAAUUGGUGUUUUGCCAUAGCUGAUUUUCUCCAUCAGUGAGCCAUGAUUGAAGAGUGAAGUUCGUCCCUGCAAACAGCAAUAAGAAAACCUACAUGAUUGUUCAUGUAGCUCCCCCCUUUUGUGUCCUGCUGGACUGAAACUGCAUCCAGAGAGGCUCCCCUUCAGUCAUCCACCAGAAAAUGCCCCGGUACUUCACGAUGUCUAACACCUAGUUCGAUGCAUCCAGUCAGUACCGAUUUGGACGGUCCUGCUCCUGAAAGCUACUCAAGCCCCUUUUCAGGCCCUUUUCCUGCUUCAGAAAUGUCUCUCCUUCAUGCAUUGGGCCCGGUGCAAACCUGGCUAGGACAGGAGCUGGAGAAGUGUGGGAUUGAUGCCAUGAUCUACACUCGUUAUGUUCUUAGUCUUCUUCUGCAUGAUAGUUAUGACUACGACUUGCAAGAUCAGGAAAAUGACAUCUUCUUGGGUUGGGAGAAGGGAACCAGUAAGAAAUGGGGGAAGAGCAAGAAGAAGGGGGCGGACCUUAGUCUUGAGGAAAUGAAGAAACAGGCCGCUGUGCGAUGUCUGCGUUCUGCAUCUGAUGAAAGCUCUGGCAUUGAAAGCUUAGUUGAGGAGCUUUGCUCCAAGCUAAAGGAUCUUCAGAAUAAACAGAAAGAAGAAAAACAGACCAACAAGAAAUCUGAAGGAUCCCAAUCUCCUGAACCCGAUGAAUCUCCUUCAUCUAAAGAUCAAGUUGAAAUGUACUAUGAAGCCUUUCCACCUCUGUCAGAAAAACCUGUAUGUCUUCAAGAAAUAAUGACAGUGUGGAAUAAGGCAAAAGCAUGUGCAUAUUCAAGUUCAUCUUCUACUGCUCCUCAAACAAGCACCGACACCUCCUCCCCAAAGGAUUGUAACAGUGAGGGUGAAGCUGGAAAAGAAAAAAAUGAUGCUUGUUGUGCACCAAGUGAACGACCCCAGCAGAGACGGAGUAAAAGGGAGAAGGAGAACCGAUACUAUAACAGUGUGGUGGAAGAAAGAGCUGUUCAGAGUAAGAAACAGAUAAGGCACAGGUCUGAAGGAAAGCUACGCCCUCGUUCUUGGUCAUCUGGGUCCAGCGAAGCAGGCUCUAGCUCCAGUGGGAACCACCGCGAGAUGAGAACACCCAUAAAAUCGGUCAAAAUCAGGCAUAAGUCAAGGGAAACCAGCAGAAAUAAAAGGGGGAGAAAUGGGCAGGUAAAGUUGGCAUUAAAGGCUUUUGACAAAGAAGAGAGAAGAAACACCGGUGGAAGCAGCAGCAGCAGUGGCCCCACUAAACAGCAGCUAAACAAAAAGGGGAAGCGGCCGUUAAAAGAAAUCCGAAAAGAAUCCGUCUGUGGUGAAAUUAAAGAACUAGCCUUUGAGGCAAGAAAUAAAGAAUAUAAGGAAGAGCCCUUAUGGUAUACGGAACCCAUAACUGAAUAUUUUGUCCCCUUAAGCAGAAAGAGCAAACUAGAAACUAAGUACCGUAACAGGCUGGAUUCACACGAUGUCUUUUCUGCAUCGACAGAUGUUGAAAAGUUGUCGGAGAGGAUGCAAGGAAUUUGUAUCGCCAACACAAAUUUUCAGCGCGCAUACCUCGCCGCAGGUACUUUUGUCGAUGGUCAUUUUGUGGAAAUGCCUGCAGAAAUUGAGGCUGCUGACCUCAAUGGGACCUCAAGCUGCCCUCAACCGGGGGAUAGUAGAGAUUUAGAUGAUGAGCAUCUGUCUGAAUUCACUCACUUCUACGAAGUAGAUAUUUAUCAAUCCAUAUUGGAUCCUAGUGCCUCAGACUCUGUACAAGAAAGUCGAAUCCUAAGCAUGAUUCGGCAAAAAAGCAAAGAACAAAGAGACUUUGAGGCAGAUUGUUGUGUAGUGUUAGAUGGCCUUGAGCUGCAAGGGGAAAGUGCAAUAAGGGCGGAUUCGCAUGGAUCUUUUGGGGCUGAUGGAUUUUUCUUGCAAGAUUUGGAAAACAUUGCUCAAGUUUGGGAAUGUUAUUCAUCUUCUAGCUCUGAAGAUAUUGAUGGAGAAAGUUUUGCAGGGGAUUCUCCCAUUCGGCUCUCCCCCACAUUGGACAAUACAGUAUUCAACCCAAGCAGGUUUCCUGGAAACCAGGAAGAGUAUUUCUCAGAGGCCAACGAAGCACCUGGUUUAAACUCUUCUUGUUUUUCUCUUUUUGAAGUGCAAUACGAUAGCCCCACUCUACCUUUUCCUUGUGACUCACUCACCCUUGGUCAUGACACCACAGAUUCUAGUAGCUGUAUAGAGCCCUUAGGAAAUAAACAGUCUCGCUUGCUAAUAUGGACCAAAAAUAGUGCCUUUGACGAAACUGAACACUGUUCAAAUCUUUCAACACGAACCUGUAGUCCUUGGUCACAUUCGGAAGAAACUCGUUCUGAUAACGAGCAAAUGAAUAUUCAGUCAGAAGAGUCAGCACAAUUCGUCACGGAAGAGAUUAAUUGUAUAAUGCCAUCAAUCUCCUCUAGAUAUCUAGAAGAUGAACUUUUGGACUUUUUACAAGAAGACAACUGUCAUUGUGGUGAUGGAAAGGUAUGUUCAAUUUCCAGUCAAACUUUAAAAAAAAAGUCUAAGUUGGAGUCCGUUUGUGGAAUACCGCUAGAAAAAGAUGAAAGCAAACCUUAUGGAAGUGCUGGCAUUUUCACUAAUGAUAUACCCCAACAAAGUGACAACUACAGCUCAGGGAUAAUAAAGGAUAUAUGGACAUCUAUUGGAGACGGAGAUUCAGCAGUAACCCUAGAAGGAGAAAAGGUAGAUGAGGGAUUGUUCUCAGAAGACACAAACUACCACUGCUGUUGUUUGGACAUGGAUGGGAAAGCAGGGUCCCUCCAGGUGUCUCAGAAAAAGGCAGUUCAGCGAUCUGAGUAUCACUUAUGGGAGGGGCAAAAGGAGUGCUUGGAAGAACAGACACUUAUAAAAAAUGAGCUUUCCAAGGUAGAUGGUGGAGAUUAUACCACACCAUCCAAACCUUGGGAUGUGAAUCCUGAUAAGGACAACACAUUCAUUCUUGGAGGAGUGUAUGGAGAGCUUAAAACCUUUAAUAGUGAUGGCGACUGGGCCGUGGUGCCACCUAGACACACUCGUGGUAACCUGCUACAGUGUGCAGCUACGGAUGUUGUAACAAUAGCUGGCACGGAUGUUUUUAUGAAUACCGGAAAUUGCUUUGCUCCUGGUCACAAGCCUUUGUGGAGGCCUUUGGUUUCGUUUGGGCAGUGUGAUCAGGCUGUGAAAGGAGGAGAUGGAUUGAAUAAGGGAUUUUCCUUCAUCUUCCAUGAAGAUUUACUAGGAACUUGCAGCAGCUUUCGUAGUGAUGAACCAGGACUGGAUUAUUCAUUCUCCUCCUUUGACUUGAAGAAUCCAUUCUCUCAAGUUCUUCAUGUGGAGUGCUCCUUUGAGCCUGAAGACAUAGCCUCAUUCAGCCCAGGUUUCAAGCCCAAAUCAAUACUGUGCUCAGAUUCAGAAAAUGAAACUUUCCACCCUCGCAUGUAUGGCAUCAACAGAACCCAGUACAGGGCUAUCCGUAUUUCCCCAAGAACUCAUUUUCGACCAAUUUCUGCCUCUGAACUCUCUCCUGGAGGAGGAAGCGAGUCAGAUUUGGAAUCUGAAAAAGACGAAUUGAGUCUUCCUAUCCUCUCUCAGACAGAUGUGUUUGAUGAUCCACAGGCAGAUCUCAAACCAUUAGAGGAAGAUGCUGAAUGUGAGGGUCCGUAUUAUGGAAAGCUAGAACUUGAGUCUGGAAAAUUUUUACCAAGGUUAAAGAAGUCAGGCAUGGAAAAGAGUGCCCAGACUUCAUUAGAUUCACAAGAAGGUCCCAUUUCCCUUCUGCCGAUAGCUGAGCAAGAAGUAUGUUUAGACUGUGAAAUGGAGGCAUCAGCUGGGAGUAUAAAAACUGAAGCGUCUGUCGAAGAACUUGAAACAGACGAAAUCUCUAAAGAGGAUAGCGAGGCAUGCAAAUGUUCAGAGGCCGGUCAGUGUUCCACUUAUGGGAAAGCCUACGAAUUUGGCAAAGAUUUGCAAGAGGGAAGUACUAGCAGUCAGCAGGAGGAGUGUUGGUGGCAAAAAUCUCUCUGCCCACCUCUUGUUUCUGGAUCUCAGUGUGCAGAUUGCUGCACUAAAUUCAAGGAAAUAGUUGGUAUGAAGAGUUACGUUGAUUUCAAAGAAAAUUCUCAUAAUGGAGACCCUCUUUUACAACCGAAUAAAGCAGCAGCAACUUGUGACGCCAACUGUUCGGGAGAGAAAAACUCUGGUGCACGAGCAACAGGCUUCCGAAGACAGCUCUUCUCCAGUGACAGCUCCAGUUCUAGUGACACUGCUUCGGAGAACGGAAGUGAUUGGGCGGAUCCUUGUGCAGACCUUUUCUCUCGAACACAUCUGUAACCCUGCUGAUCGGAGAUACUAACUUGAAACUAGUGUACUCAAAAAUGUCUUCAGAAUUUUUGCUUUUGAAGGCAUCGGUUUUAAUUUAAUUUUAAUUUCUUCAAACCGUUUAAAAAUUUUAUCUUCAUCCGUAAAAAUUCACAGUUAGGAGUUAGGGACAGUCUGUUUUUCCUCCUCAGUUUUCCCAGUUUUUGCUUUUUAACUAGAAUAGUUGUUGUCUGAAUGGUUGUGCAUGUGCCUGUCUUACUAGUAUCACUGCUUCUUUUACAGCAUAACUGCGACAACUUUCAUAACCUAACUGUGAUAGUACUGUUAUAAACACCAUCUUAAAAGCACUGCAGUACCGUUAACAUCUGCUUUUCAGAAAAUCUUAGGAAUGGCACGGUCUUAGUUUUUUGUGUAAGAACCUGGAGUAAUUUAAUUAGAACAGUGCCUUUCUGAAUACAGGAGAAAAGCACGGAUGCAAAUCUUUAUUUUGGGAAAAAAGGCGACUCUGUCAUGAAACUUUACAUAGGAAUGUAAGGGUUGUGCUUAGUCUAAAAUACAGUUUUGACUGAUGAUAGAUUCCUUUUUCGUAAGAUUUUAAGUAGAUGUAGUAUGGUUUGUGACAUAAAGCAUAAACUAAAAAAGAAAGAAAAAAUUCUAACUGUGAAAGCCCAGAAUUUUUUUGGAUCUUUGGGGGAAAAAAUCUAAAAACAGAUUUUAAGUCUUAAGACGGUAUCUGGUUUUGGCAAAUUUACACGGCGAAUAAAGUCCCUUUAACCAUGAAUCUAAAAUGUAGUGAUCCUUAUAAAAUUGGUUCUUUAAAACAUUGUUACUAGAGAAAAUGUUGGUGCUAUCAAUAUUUAAAAGACUUCUGUGGCAAUUGCAGUUAGAUAUUGUGGCUGUGAAUUUGUAGGUCCUGUAGUUUUGUUUCUUGUUAUGACCGAGUGUAAGGAUCAGUUGUCUCUGAAAUUUAAAAAAAGAAAAAAAGUGUGAUUGCUGUAGUGGUUGUCGCUUUAUGUGGCUUGCUUUUCUUUAUAUUUUUUAGUAGUAAGUUGACAAGCCUUGAAAUGUUCAAGGCCAUUGUCUUUUUUUUUCCAUUGUGACUUUCGAUAGAUUUAAACCAUAAAAUCAAGAGGGUUUGUCUUUUAAAAUGCAAAUUAAGUCCCUCAGAGUACAUUUCACAUUGUCAAAAACCAUUUUACCACUAAAAAUGUGUAUGCAGCAAACUGAAAGUCCACAGUAGGUCUACGAUACAAAGGCAAUAACCAUUCUAGAAGUGUAAUGCAGGUAAGACCAAACUGAGAGGAACUAACUUUGAAAUAUGUUCUUGUUUGUAAAAUUACACGUAGCUGAACCUUACAUAUCGGUGAUCUAGCCGAAGUAAAGAAUAUGCACCGUCUUUUGGGUUUGACCUUAACAUUUAUUUCUUGGACGGUAUAGUGGUGUGAACUUUUGUUUAAAAAUGUUAAGUUAUUUUAUACAUAUGUAUACAUUCAUAAUGCAUGUAUAUAUAUGCUAUAUAUUCAUUCUUGCACAAUAUUUUUAAAGAGAACGUCAUUUUUAUUUAUUGACUGAUUUCCAAAAAAACACACUAUUUUUGGGGGGUUUUUUGCUUUACCUCUGAGCUUCCUGAAAAGUUUAUGUACCUGCACUUUAAUUUUUGUUUUGGAAUAGGUAGAGCCUUUACUUUAAAACAAUAGAAACAUGAUUGCGUAGAUAAAGGCUUGAAGCCGUAUGCAAUUUACCAGUGCACAAAACAUUAAAAGGAUGUAUUAAAAAUAGUGUUCCACUCAGUUUAUUUUGCAUGUAGCUUAUAUUUUGAGUGACAAAAGGCUAAACAGUUAUGGGGUGCUUUUUUUCAAAUUGAAGCUGCAUGCUGAUCUAACACUCCGGCACCGUUUGAGAAAAUUAAACUGAAGAGGAUAGAGCAGUGAUAGGACUGUUGUUUUUUUUUUCUGGUGUGUGUGGGUGUGUGUGAGACCAAGUCAGAACACUUUUUAUUGGGUAGUUGGAGGAAUGUGCAUUUAUUUUAUAUGGUUAGGGUUUCAUGUUAAUGAUUGAAGUGGAGAAGUCUUUCUAACAAGGUAUGCAUUAGAAGUCAGAUUCAAAGUUUAAGAAAUACAUUGAUUGCACUGUGGUAUGGUGAACAUAGCAUAUCCAUAGCACUGAAACCUUGGUUCUCCAUUCCUUUUCUGCAGAUCUCCCUUUCCAUCCCUCAGCCCAGUUUUCCCACUCUCCCUGUUUCAGAUUGUUAUUGUUUCAUGUACAUCUGAGUAAAUUAUUUUUUGUUUCAUUGUGGAGUUUCUUAACAUCUAAUAAAAAUAAAUCCAUUAACCUUUC